AUGGAUUUUCAUAUCUUUUGGCGUGGACCUAUCACAGACAAACUAUCAUUGAGUUCGCAUGCAUUUCUAUUCACACAACCUCUUAACCGUGCACACUUGCAUCUGUGGAUCGACUCUGCGGAUCUUCCAGGAGGUGUCCCAGAGGAUUAUAUCAAAAAUCCUUAUUCAGCCCCGUUAGUCACAGAGCCUUUGAAUCAAUACAUUACCAUCCACUCGUGGAAUCAGACAGCAGAACUCGCAUAUUCUUAUCCGAAUCAGCAGUCAGAACAAGAGAUCGGGAAGGAUGGGCCCGCGAAGCCUGUUGCACUCUCAGAUGAAGCUCGUUUCUUGAUUUUGAACCGCAACGGGGGCAUUUACUUGGAUGCAGACGUCUUACUUCUUAAGGACAUGUCACCGUUUUAUGAUGCCGGGCUCGAAUUUGCAUACGAAUGGAGCCAUACCGGAAUGUACAACACUGCUAUCCUUAGAUUGCUUCCUGGAAGCUCUGUGGCCAGACGUAUCUUGGAUGGCGCCAAAAGGAGAAAAGCAGAGAUUUUAAGGUUGAAACAGUUGGAGCGAGAACUGCAGCGACAACGGAUGGAAGAACAGCAGCUAGAAGCAGAAAUGGAGGAGAUGGAGGAAGAAGAAAGACGUGAAAAAGAGUUAGAAAAUAUCAGGGACGAAGAGAAAGAAGCAUCAGUAGCCAAAAAAAGUACCCUGGAUUUUGUCCACCAAGUCAGGACCCAUGUCAAGAACAAAGCCUUGAAACCGCUUCCCAAAUCAUCCUCCCAUCGCCGUCUCCGCCGUCGUCAGCUGAGAGUCCUGCAUGGCAUGAGACCUGAAGAAAUUUAUCAUCCAGCACGGUUGCGCGAAUAUCUUCGUCCACAGGACAAGGCGAUCGAGGGCAAUGGCCUGAUAAUGGUUCCUCCUGCAGUUUUUGACCCACUAUGGUUGCGUGUAGACCAUGCAGAGCCUACAAAAUCGACCGAUCCAGAAAAAAUGCUUGAGGACUUGCCUGGAUUCACUGAUGUGUUCCAUGAGGCACCGAAUACGGUUUGUCCUAGACAAGAAGGUGAAGAAGUCGAAUUUUCAGCUGGUCCUGAAGUCUUCUUUACUGGAGCUUACGCAUAUCAUUGGCAUAAUAGCUGGCAGGCAUCAAUCGAGCCAAAAAGCUGGAUGGGGUUCAUGCUCAAAGCUUAUAAAGAUUCCGUCGAAAGACGUAGGCCAAAUCUUUAUGGAGAGUGGUUCCCAAAGAACUUGUAA